GGUGAUUUUGCGUGUGAAAGACCUCGGAGAUGAUGAACAAUGCACUUAUUGCGAGUAGUACUUUCUCUACAUACAUGAAUGAUUGAACGAUUCCUUCCUCCUUAACUACUACUCAAUACAUACGCACAACUGCAAAUAUGGCUCCAUCAACAGCUGCCCAGCAGAGCGACAACGUUGCCCAUGCCCUCAGCGGGGCAGGAGGAGGGAUUUUGGCUAUGACUCUCACAUAUCCUCUCAUCACCCUCUCCACACGCGCGCAAGUCGAAUCCAAGCGCGCCGACUCCGGAUUCCUCGACGCAGUCCAGCGCAUCGUCCAACGAGAAGGCAUAACAGGACUCUACGCAGGUCUCGACUCAGCGCUCUUUGGCAUCAGCGUCACGAACUUCGUCUACUAUUACUGGUACGAAUGGACUCGAUCCGGGUUCGAGAAAGCUGCCGUGACAGCUGGCAGAGCGUCGAAGAAACUCACAACAGUCGAGUCGAUGAUUGCGGGAGCUAUUGCUGGAUCGGCGACAGUGUUGCUCACAAACCCUAUUUGGGUGGUUAAUACACGGAUGACUACGAGGCAGAGGAACAAGGAGUCAGACGAAGCUGUGCUGCCUGGUGCGAAACCUCCAAAGGCGCCUACGACAAUAGGCACUCUUCUGGCUUUGAUCAAGGAGGAAGGUCCUCAGGCUCUGUUCGCAGGAGUCGUGCCAGCGUUGGUGUUAGUUAUCAACCCAAUUCUACAAUAUACCAUCUUCGAGCAGUUGAAGAACACUAUUGAGAAGAAGAGGAGGGUCACUCCAACCAUGGCGUUUAUGCUGGGAGCGCUAGGCAAAUUAUUUGCAACCAGCAUUACAUACCCAUAUAUCACGGUGAAGAGCAUGGCACAUGUCGCUGGACGAGAUGGAGAUAAAGAGAAUAUGAUGCAGGCUAUGAGAAGAAUCGUUAAGGAAGAGGGCUACACUGGGCUGUACAAAGGUAUCGGACCCAAAGUUACCCAAAGUGUGCUGACUGCAGCAUUCUUGUUUGCAUUCAAGGAUGUACUGUACGAGCAAACCGUCAGGAUCCGACGGACAAUGGCAGCAAAAGCUCUCACUAAGUAGACUCUAGCUCGAAAGAUAUGAAAACGAGAAGUGAAAGCUGUGAAGAAAUUGUACAUUAUGGGAGGAAUGUGCAUGGUCGGUUGGGAUAUUGGGAUCAUCAGCAUAGACUGGUUUGGGUACACUCGAUCAUCUCGACGUGGCCUAGGUUCGACAUGUAGAUAGAUUUAUGAUUUAUGGGCCGGAAUACAAUGCAGUCAAGUUUAGCUUAUCAUCAGGUUGUAGAUAAGUAUGUAAGCAGCUCAAAUAUAGCAUUUGCGUUUCUGCGAUG